CCCAUAAUCUGCCUGUCUUGGACCAGACAAGCCUUCAGUUAAAAAGGCAAAAAAAAAAAAAUACUUGUUUCAAUUCCAUCCAUCUAUUGAAAUGGCUCAUCAAGGUCCGCCUUCUCUUUGUUCUACCCUUCAAGCCACCAAAAUUGGAAAGCCUGAGGUUGUGCGCCAAAUGACUGCUUUUCACCCAACGGUGUGGGGUGAUCACUUCCUUAACUACUCUGGAGACCGAAAGAAGGUGGAUGCAUGGACGAGAAAGGUUGAAAUGCUUAAGGAAGAAGUGAGAAGGAUGCUUUUCAACACCCAUGGUUCAGUGCAAGAAAUGAAUCUGAUUGAUGAUAUUCAACGGCUGGGAGUGGCGUAUCACUUUGAAAACGAGAUAGACGAGGCAUUACACCGUAUGUAUGGUGAAUAUACGAAAGUUCAAUAUGAUGAUUUGUACGCCGUUGCACUCCGAUUCAGACUGCUAAGGCAAGGAGGGUACAACGUGUCUUCUGAUGUUUUCAGAAAUUUCAAAGAUGAGGAUGGAAACUUCAAAGAAACCCUGAGAAGUGAUGUGAGGGGUAUGUUAAGCUUAUAUGAAGCUGCAUACUUAGGCAUACAAGGAGAAGAUAUAUUGGAUGAAGCCAUUGUUUUCACUAGUGGUCACCUUAAGACGAUCGUGGACCACCUUCAUCCUCCACUUGUUGCAAAGGUACGUCGAGCCCUAGAGCUUCCACUACACAAGCGCAUACCAAGGCUGGAGUCAAGGUACUACAUCUCACUCUAUCAAGAAGAUGAGUCUCACAACGAUGUGUUGCUUGAGCUUGCAAGAUUGGAUUUUAAUUGUCUACAGUCAUUGCAUCAGAGAGAGUUGAGGGACCUCUCUAGGUGGUGGAAAGAUCUUGGGCUUGCAACCAAGUACUCUUUUGCAAGAGAUAGAUUGGUGGAAACCUACUUUUGGAUUUUGGGAGUGUACUUUGAGCCUCAGUACACCCGUGCAAGAGCCAUAAAAACCAAAAUAAUGAAACUUUUAUCGAUAAUUGAUGACAUUUACGAUGCAUACGCCUUGUUCGAUGAACUUGAAAUAUUCACUAAUGCAGUCUAUAGGUGGGAACUUGAGGCCUUAGAAGGGCUUCCAGAUUACAUGAAGGCUUGCUAUCUUGCACUCCUGAACACAUUUGAGCAAGAGAGGGAGCAUGUUGCUUCAACUGUCGAGUGCUACAUGAAGGAGCAUGGUGUAUCAGAGGAAGAAGCAUAUACCAAGCUUCGAGAAAUGAUUGCUAUGGGGUGGAAGGACAUAAACAAGGCAUGCCUGGGACCGACUCUUAUCCCAUUGCCACUUCUUGUUCGAGGGACCAACCUCCCACGUGUGAUAGAAGGCCUACACAUCCAUGGAGAUGGAUAUACUCAUUCCAAACAUGAGAUGAAAGAGAAAGUCAUUGCGGUGCUUGUUGAUCCUAUUCCCAUUCCCAUGUGA